AUCACCAUCUCUGCUAUAUCCCAUGAGUCAAACAAUGUCCGAUACCAUCAUUGAAGAGGGUGACCCAUCCCCAAUGUUUACCCAAGGCUCAUUGCCCGCCGAAGACUCUCAGUUCUCCUAUGGCACUGGAGAGGACUCGUCUGCUGCACCCCUUUCUCCGCAAUAUGGCACCUAUACUUACAAGCCUGGAUCGCCCCACGGAUCCCUGGACUCUGUCACACUGGAGGGACAGGCAAAGAAGGAAGUUGUCGUGCGUUCGGAGUUGCUUAUCAAAGAUGCUGCGGCCAACGUGAACAAUUCCGAGGCACUGUUGGCAGCUUCAAAAGCAUUGUUUGAGGCUUUCAAGGAAAGCGCCUAUGAAGCGAAGCGCCAGAGGGAGACAAACAGGCAGAUGUCCGAGGCUAUCAAGGAAAGCGCUUAUGAAGCAGAGCGCCAGAGGGAGAAGCUGGAUGUGCUUUUAUCAGAAUUGGAUACGGUGAAACUUCAUGUCGAGCAUCCCCAGGCUUUCAUGGAUAUCCAAAACCUCCGUAAUGUUUCUGACACGCCUCGUGAUCUGCUUGCUCAAGGCUUUAGGGCGAUCUGGGGACCUCGUGUUUAUCCGUCUAGUUGCUUCUAUCCUGAUCGCAUGGGCCGCGAGAGCAAGACGUGCCACUUCGCUCCCUUCGUCAAGGCCGUUUAUGUACAUUACGAGAGGCUGUUCAACAAACCGGCCCCCCUCAAAUUGCAUUACGAGAGCCGCAACGAGGAGACGAAAUCCAUUCGGUCCAUCAGCUCGUUGAAGCCGGAGAGGUCGGACUUCCUCAACAUUGACUUUGACAAGGUCAAGAGGGACGAGGCCUUGAAUCUUGAGAUGGUCCUAAAGAAGAAAAGUAUUGUAGUCAAGGGGAACCAGGAGGAAGCCAAUGCUACAAAACUUACAUUCUCAGAGUUCACGAGCUGCUUCCUCCAGGCUUAUGAUCGUGCAAAGGACCUGUUCAAAGUCACCAAAGAGGAAUUCGUUCCACACGAGCUUCUUCCCGAUAUGACAGUGGAAGAGCGUGGUGCUGGCCUGGAAGGCAUGAUUAGGGCCCACAAACGGUUCAUCAUAGAGUUCCGUGAAGAAGUUGCGAGGUCCGAGAAGCAAAAGGGCCCAGAUGAAGGCCAUACGCACAGGGACGGCUCCGAUACAUCCAGCAAUGAUAUGAGUAAAAGGCAUCGUCUGUUCAGCCCCUUGAAGAAAGCCUGGAAUAGACUUAAAGCGACGGAAAAGAAGAAGGAUGCAAAGACCAAGUUCAGUGAACGGACAGCAAUGCAGUUCUUGGUGGACAAGCUAAAGGCUUUCGAGGAAGCACAAGCGAGAUACGUAACGAUUGGUCGCGCUACUGCAGUCCUCCUAAACGACAACUUGCUCGAACUCUGUGUCAAUACUGAUAGAGAAUUCCGUGUGAUGAUGAAUCAAUACGUUCAUGGCGAAAAGUCCAUCAAUGCUGAUAUCAAAAAAGCCGUUAAGAACGCGAGGAACGUUCUCCCUCAGCUAAGCGCCGAAACGGUGGAGAGUUUCAAGUUGCUGUACGACAUAGGCUUCGAGACGCGCCCUGCUGAACGUUUCGAUCCGGGGAGAGACUUUGAAACCAUCAUCAACAAUGCCAGAUGGCCUAGCACUCAGCACAAGCACAAUGACUCUCGUUUCAAGGGGGCACCAAUCACAACGAGGGAUGACAGAACGACGUCAGCCCAGCCCAAUCCCAGCCGCGCGUCUUUACCAAGCUCUGGACAAUCACAGGCUAUUUCUGCAGGAAAUCGAUAUUCCCAGCCAUCUGCCCAUUUGCUGCAAACAACGCAACAGCCUGCAGGAGGAAACCAACGCCGUUCUGAGACGAUUCAAGUUUCAGCAACGUACAAUUCGCCCACCCGCGGCUCAUACGCUUCCCGAGUUGGUUUAAGCAGCAGGCCGAGUAGCAAGGCCUCGCAAGGCAGUGCGACUCGCGGUUCAAGGUAAGAAGUUCAUUUGAAUUGAUGUCUCGUUGCCUUCAUAUGAUAGUUUGCCAUGCAUGUAUCUUGAAUAUGUUUUGUUAUGCUUUGUAAACC